AUGCUUAAUGGGGAGCCCUUGAUGGAUAAUGCAUCCAUCAAGGACUUCCAAGGAAGCACUGGAUGCUAUGAGGUCGAGACUUUGGAGCAGGCCCUACUACUUCCCUCUGACAUGAUAGAGCUGCGUGCUAUCCGGAGACAUGAGGUUUUUCUUAACCUCAAAAGAUACUUGGGCAUGGCUGUCCAAGCCACCUUCAGGGCCAAGGAGAUAGCCGAUAACUGCCACAGGCAGAUGAAAGAGGAAGAAGGCAGACGCAAUGCUGCUGUUGACUCUUUCCGCGUGGUGGAAAGAAGUGCUAAAGAGCUUAAAGAAAAGCUGACUAGGGGGGAGGAACUUAGAAGAAGUGUUGAAUCUACUUUGAAGGAUAGCAGCCUUCAGAAAAAGUUGGCAGAGGUUCAACAAUUGAAGGAUCAAGCUGAGAGAUCCCAAGGGGAAGUCGAGAAGGCUAAAGAGGAAGCCAAGAAGGCCCGAGACGAAGCUAAGCAACAUGGUUACGACAUCGGAGUAGCCAAGACUGAGGAAGCCCUUAGGGUGGAGCUAAGGAAGCCAGAAAACAUUUACUACCCUCCAGCUAACCAGGCCUCAGAUCCUCUUCCCCAGGGUGAAGCAGCCCCCACCCCUGCUGAUUUUACUGAAGAGGCCCAACCUCAGGAUCUUCCUCCUCCCGGUCACCAAGAGCAAGUAGAAGGACUUACGACAUCCAAGGAAGUCUCAUCUGAGGUGCAAAAGUCCUCGGAUGAACUUAGGGAGGUUUCUAAAGAUGGGGCAGCCUCUCACGAUUUUGAGUUAGUCCUAGCUUCAGUAACUGUACCUGUUCAAGAAGCUCCCAAGGACAAAGAAGAGGCGACCUCUGUUGCAGCGACUACCCAGGCUGGGAAGACUUCCAAGGAUAAACUUCAUAUAAAGCUGAAGCCUUAA